UUGAAACAAAAUCUAAUAUUGUUAAGUACGUAACCAAUAACAUCUAAUUAAUUAAAUUUGUGUAUUGAAUUGGUGUAAAAAUUAAAUAAAUAGACUUAGAAUCGUGCUCGACGUUGGCGUAACGAAUCUUUAGAUGUAAACAAAAGAUGUGUUUUUAAAACAAUGCGUGUGGUAAAAGGGCGUGAAUGAAGAUCGUGGCAGAUUUAUUUACUAGGACAUUUAAAAGAAAAUACUGGAGAAUGAGUGGCGUUAGCAGGGAUGCUCCUAUUGGACUGCAGUUUAUACAAAAACUAAGUUCGUACUGCUGCCCGCGGCUGCAAAUCAACCGCCUAAGAUGGCACCAGGCAUCGGUCCUCGUCCUCACGUUCUUCACGUACAUGACGUACCACCUGACGCGCAAGCCCAUCUCCGUGGUGAAGAGUGUGCUGCACCAGAACUGCUCGGCGCUGACGCCGCCCCCCGGCACCGACCCCAGCGACGACCAGUGGUGUAACUGGGCGCCCUUCAACACGACAGACGCUAACGCUCUGCUCGGCGCGCUCGACUCCGCGUUCCUCUUCUCAUACGCCGGCGCUAUGUUUGUCUCAGGCAUGGUCGCCGAGCGCGUUGAUCUCCGCUACUUCCUAUCCUUCGGGAUGCUGGCCUCGGCUAUAUUCUGCUACCUGUUCGGCUUGGGCCGGACGUACGGGAUACACAACAUAUCAUACUAUCUGUUGGUGCAGGCCGGCGCGGGCAUAGCUCAGACAACAGGCUGGCCCGGCACCGUGGCCAUCGUGGGCAAGUGGUUCGGGAACAGCAAGAAAGGACUUAUCUUCGGCAUAUGGAAUUCACACACUUCGUUAGGAAACAUUUUAGGUACAAUAAUGGCCGCUGAGUACGUGGACUCGGACUGGGCUCUGUCCUUCAUGUACCCGGGUCUGGUGAUGGGCGUGGUGGGCGGCGCCGUGUGGCUGUUCCUCGCGCCCGAGCCGCGGCAAGUCGGACUCGCGGCCGCCGUCAGCGACAGGACCUCGCCGACGCGCCAGCCGAGCAAGUCGGACGAAGAGGAUGAGCCGGACGAGGAAGACACGUCGUCAGUCAUCGUUGGAGACCAGUCGGCGAGUUUGCGCCCGAACCGACACUCCGCGAACUUGCCUCAUCCGGAAGAGGCGACAGAGCGCACAUCCCUCCUCCGCGGCGAGAGGGAGCGAGAGCGCGGCAGUGCGGUGUCCCUGUCUCGCGCGCUCGCCAUCCCCGGCGUGCUGGAGUUCAGCUUGUCUCUGUUCUUCGCGAAGCUGGUCAGCUACACGUUCCUGUACUGGCUGCCGUCAUAUAUCAGAUACACCUCCGCGGACCUGUCGGCCCGGCAGUCGGGCGAGCUGAGCACGGUGUUCGACGUGGGCGGCGCGGCGGGCGCGGUGCUGGCGGGGCUGGUGGCGGACUGCAGCGCCAGCCCCGCGCUCGUCUGCGUGCUCUUCUACACGCUCUGCGCGCCCAUGUUAUUCAUCUACCAAGCAUGGGGCGGCACCUCGUACCUCACCAACCUGUCCCUGCUGUUCCUGACGGGGCUCACAGUGAACGCCCCGUACGCGCUCAUCACGACCGCCGUGAGCGCGGAGCUGGGCACGCACGCGAGUCUCGCGGGGAACAGCCGGGCCCUCGCCACUGUCACCGCCAUCAUCGACGGGACCGGCAGCGUCGGAGCGGCGAUAGGCCCGAUGCUGGCCGGGCUGGUCUCCAGCCACUCGUGGACGUACGUUUUCUACAUGCUCAUCGGGUGCAACUUCAUGGCGCUGUUCCUGUUGCUAAGGAUAGCAAGAUCAGAACUAGCAAAAAUACGACAAGAAAGAAGAAUAGCGUCGCCACCGCGAGUACGAAUCGAAUGAGCGAGAUGAAAUAUAGCGUUAUUACCAGUAAGAGAGAGACAGCGAUACAUAGACUACAGUUAUAAAGUAUGGUCAGCAAAACAUAGGAAUUGAUCAGCACGCUUGUGAGCUGCCCCACGGUGGGCGCCAUUACUUAAGCUGUAAAUAACACCAGCCUAUAACUGUCCCACUGCAGGCCUCUCAUACAGUGGACGAGCAUUUUUUUUAUCUAUACAUACAAAAUCACCUUUAUUUCAUGUCAAGUCAAGGUCUAUUUUUGUAUAGUUUUCUUUGCUGACCUACUCUAUAUAAUGACGUAACAAACAUAGGCCACAGCAUUUGCCGAACAUUUGAUCCAACAUUUAGUUGCAUUUCUCUCAGUAUUGUGUUGGACGGUGUUCACAAACGUUUUGGCCCAUGUUCUGUCUAAUAUUAAAACUGUUAAGUUAAGUUUGUUUAAGAGUUAAUUUUGACUACGAUUGGCUGUGGUUAACGUAACCAGACAUAUUUAAUAAUUAUAGUUAAAAAUCAGUCGAAAACGCAUUUUGACAAUAUUUUUGUAGUUUAUUUUUGUUGGCAACCCUAAAUACUUCCUGGUAGAGAAUCCGUCUUACUUAUUUCCUAGGUUUACAACUUGCCCUUUACAUAAAAUAUUAUUGAAAUCAGUCAAAUUCUGUAAAAUAUUAUAAACCCUACUUGUAAAAAUACAUAUUAUUUUGAGGUCUAUACAAACUUAACCACGACUGUCUAUAAAUAUAUCUCCUAACUUUGAAUAUCAACCCUUUAGUACAAUUAAUUCAGUUUUAUUUUCGUAUUAUUUUUGUUUAAGAAUAAAUAUUUUAGCUUAAUAAAAAUAUCAUUCACAAAAUAACAUCUAAUACAUUUGUCUCUUUCUAAAAACAAUCUUGUGAAAAGGACAGAGUAUAUUUAAAUACAAAUUUCAUAUUUAACAUAAAGUUUCAAAAUGCCUUCUAUUCUUUUCUAAUUGUCUUGGAAAGAAAGAGAUGCAAUGAUAUUCAAUAAUUGACGGAAUUUUCAUGAACUUACCAUGCCGUCAAUUUACUGCUUUGUGAAUAUAUUACAAAUGGUGCUUAGUUAGUUAAUUUGAUAUUUAUUUUGAUUCUACUUAAAUUAUUAAAUAGAAUUUUACUUAUCAUAACUCAACUUAUAUCUUGACUUUUUUGCGUAGCCUGUUCAAAUUCCCGCUAAAAUUUGACGUUGACAGCUGUCAAAAUAAUUAUAAAUUUGUUAUUACACUUGCUAUCAUCACACCCGAUUCAACAGUUAUAGUUACAAACAUAUUAUAUUUAAAAACUAUUUAUUUAUAUCUCAUAAAUUACAAAUUACACAAUAAGUCAGUUUUAUGAAGGCAAUCGUAUAUAUCAGCGUCAAGGAAUAAGUUUUAUUGAUUUCGUUUCACGCAAUGGUUCAAUCUAUACAGCCGAAUCCUAUUUCCUGGUUUUGUCUUCUUUCCUCGUAAUACGAUGAAUUAUCUCAAUGUCGUUAUCUAUAAAAAGUCAGAAUAAGCUAUAAUCAUAGAGUAAUAUAAUUAUAUGUGUGUAAUCCGAAUUUACGAACUCUUAUACAAAAUUGACGUAAUUAUUUUGUAAAUCUUUGGAUGGUGUGACUAUUUUUGAUUUUGUAAACUAUAAUGACGUAGCUUAGUCUGAUCAAUCUAGACGUAAAAAUGAGAGCGAAGGUACACACAUUCUCAUGAAACUGAAAAUCAGUAAAGUUGUUAUGAAUAUGUAAAAUAUCUCAAAAAUGGUGGCUAGUAGGAAAAAAGUAUUGAUACAUAUUUUUGUAGAUUAUUUUAUUAUCUACAAUACAAUUUUUGUCUGAGUUAUUUUUAUAAUAAAACUUACCAUUUUGCUGAAAACUCAUCUUUUUGACCUUUGAUCUUAAAUUAUUUGUUUUGGGAAAAGAUGGGGCGCUUUCAAAUUUUAUCAUUUUCCGAACAAGCUCACUGAUUUUCAACUUGAUGCCAAUUUAUGUAGCUUCGACUGUUUCAAUUGACCGGACUAUGUGAUUAUAAAAUACUGUAACAACGUGUACGAUACAGACCUAUGGAGCGUCGACUAUCCUUAUGCAUAAAUGUAUAGUAUUCUACAAGUUAUAAAUCAUACACAGUUGUUAUAAACGUCUCAUGACUACUGCAUUUUAAAUGUUUACAAUUAUUUGUCUGUACAUAAUGUAUUAUACGAUGUGAUACUGCCAAUUA